AUUCAUUCAUUCAUUAUCUGAUGAUGAUGAUUUUAAAAAUUGAUUGGAUGAAUAAUAAUAAUAAUUCAGUAUGGGUUCAAUAUGGGUUUCUUUUCGAUUCAUUUAAACAAAACAAAACAAAAAAAUUAACACAAUUAUGAUGAAAUCUUUGAACGCACCCAAAAAUGUUUUACACGCACAAAUGUACGUACACACACCCAAAAAUUAAUGACACAAUUGACGAUCGUCAUAUAUCAUGAGUCAUGGCUAUUAUCAUUAUCAUCGUUAUCGAUGAUAAUGAUUAUGGUAAGAUGGCAAGCUCUAUAUAGAUUGUGGAAUACAAAGAAUUGCAAUAUACCAAAAGAAACAACAAAAAAACUUGUCCAGAAAAAAUUGACAUUAUCCUUUUUAUCGAUUUCUAACACUUAGAACGCCCAGUCUAAAAUUGAUUUCACACCUGUUGUAUGAAUUUUAAUUAUUGUCAACGACACCACCAUUCGCAACAACAACAACAACAACAGUAAAGAAAAUGCCCGAUCAUCCACCAGUUGAUAAUGAUGAGGAUGAUGAUUUAGAUCCAUCCACGCUUUGUCCAAUUGAAAAUGGUAAAAAUGGUAAUCACCAUAAUCAACAAAAUGAAAAUUUAUUCGAUUCAAUCGAUUUGAUUUUGAUUGAAAAAUUUUGGAAUGAACAACGAAAACAAUUUAUAAAGCAAAUAUUUCCCGAUUUUUUCAUACCAACUUUGGUCAAAUUUGAUAUAUUCAGCGAUUAUGAUCAAAUUGAUUAUUCAAUAAUACGUGCUUCCCGUGAUCUAGAUAAUUGUUCUGAUCGUCUUUCUGGUUAUGAAGAACUAAAUGAAUGGAUAUUCGAUAAGCUUCUUUUUAAAAUACGAUGCAAUUCAAGAGUUUUAUCGAUAAUCAUUGAAGCAUUACGUUUUGAUGAUUGGUACAUAUCAUUGGCUGAUGAAUGGCAAACACAACUAAAACGAAAAUCUGAACAAGUUAAUAAUCAAAAAUCACCAGAAUCGAUAGACAAUAAGAAUAAAGUUAAAAAUUUAUUAAUAAAUUUUCCCGAACCAAUCUCAUAUAAAAUUGAUCGUAAAACGGAACAACGAAAAAUUGAAUCACAUCUAAAGGAAAUGUUUGAAAAUGGAAAAGGAUGGCUAGUAAUUUAUGGCCGAAAAGGUAGCGGUAAAACCGUGUUAGCCGAAAGUUCAAUAUGUCGAUCUGAUCAUUCACAUUUUACCGAUGGUAUCUAUUGGAUUAAUGUCGGCAAUUUAACUAUAACAAAAAAUAAAAAUAUUGAUAGUGAAGAGAUACUUCGUCAAGAAUUGUACACUAGAUUAGAGCUUCUAUUCCAAUCGAUUGGAUAUUUCCAUGAAAAGAAUCAAACUAAACCAGAAAAAUUAGAAAACAUUGAAUUGGAAUUGAAUUUACAUUUUCGUAAACAUCCUAAAUCGUUACUCGUAUUGGAUGAUGUUCAAUCACAUGAAAUAUUUAAAUAUUUUCGAUUCGAUAUACCAAUUGUUAUCACUACAUUCGAUAAAGGUAUCAUACCAAAGGAAUUGCCAAAUGUUCGAUUUAUAUCAACACAAGAUGAACAUGGCAACGUAUUAUCACAUUCUGAAUGUAAUGAAUUGUUGAUUAAAUGUAUCAACAAUGACAAAUUCAAAUUUCAAUAUCUAUUAGAUAGUAGUAAUCAUUUAACUAAAUUAUUUGAUGCUUUUGAUGGCCUUCCAUAUUGUAUACCAUUAAUCGCCAAUUACAUGAUUCCAUUUAUUCAUGAUUACUCAUAUAAAGAUUCACAAAAAAUGAAUGAAUUAGAAAAACAUUGGCAAGAAUUGCAUAAAACACUUACAGAGGAAGAUUCUUUUCUUGCCGGAAGUUUUUAUUUAUUAGAUUUAACAAUUGAAGCAAUGAAAAUUGAAAAAUUAGUCGAUUGUUUCUAUGAUUUUGGUAUAUUUCCUGAGCCUGUUUCUUUCGACGCUUUGAAAAUCAUUUGGGGUACGAAUAAAUUUAUAACAGCAAAUUAUCUGGAACAAUUAUUUCAAAAAUCAUUGAUCAAAAAACAUACAAUUAAUCAGGCAAGAACUGAUAUAACAAAUCAAUUGUUUACUGUUCAUGAUUUAACUGCUUCAUAUCUGAUGAAAAAAUUGAAAGAAAAAAAACAACUUGAGAUACGUCACGGAAAAUUGAUAGAUUCAUAUUUUAAAGAUUGUCGUCAAUCAUCAACAAAUUUGGAUUAUGAUUUUUCAAGAUUACCCGAAGAUAAAUACAUUUAUCGUUGUCUUUCCUAUCACAUUUACUCAUCUGGUCGCUAUGAUCUCUUUGAAAAGAUUUUUCUAGAUUUGAAUUUCUUACAAAAAAAGAUUCGUUCAGUUGGUCAAAGUCAUGUACUUAGUGAUUUUCAUAAUUAUGGCCAUUUUAUUUCUGAACGAAAAAAGCUAUGUGAUUUUCAAAAAUUUAUAGCUUCAAACACUGAUAUUUGUGAUCCAAAAGUCGAUCUAUUGCAGGUCGCUCUUUGUCAAUCAAAUGAUUCUAUUGUUUACAAUGAAGCUCGUCGAAUGAUUCAUUCAAAUUCUAAUUUUUAUUUUGAUUGGUGUAAUAAGGAGAAUUUCGUGUUGGAAAAUCAGCACAAAAAAAUGAACUUUAAAUGUUUUCCUGAUACAAAUAAUGCUGCAUUGUCACCCGAUUGCCAUAGUAUUGUCACUGUGAAUGAUUGUCAAUUGAAUUUAUGGAAUUCUAAAACUGGUGAAAAUAUUUGUUCGGAAAAAAAUCACAAUCAAACAAUCAACCAUUGUACUUUCAGUCCUGAUGGUCACUAUAUUCUAACCACUUCGGAUGAUGGAACAGCCAUUGUGUGGCGAAUGACUGGUAGCCUUUCAAAUCGUUUAAGUCAUAAUCAAAAUCUUGUCAGCGAUAAUAAUAAUCAUUUUGAAGGCAGACGACGACACAAUUCAGGAAGAGAUAUUCAUUUAAUAUCCUAUAAAACAAUAGAACCUAAUAUCUCAAAAUAUAAAUCUGAUUCAAUCGGUGAUCAUUCUACAUCGAUUGCAUUAAAAUGUGGCCAUAUAUCGGCUAAUAAUCGAUAUUUAUUGCUUGGAACCAGUACUGGAUUUGUUUAUAUAUUUUCAAUAGAUGGACGUCAGCUAUAUUCAUCACCCAACCCAGAUGAUCUUCUAAGUGGUGUCAGUUGUUGUUCUUUUUCUUCUGAUAAUCACUAUUUUCUAUUUUUGAUUGAAAAAAUGGUUUAUGUUUAUUCCAUGAAUAUUGGAUUGAAUAAUAGCGACUAUUCAAUUAAACCUUCAUUGGUUACCAAAUUGGAACAUAAUCAAGUGGCUCAUAAUGCUGUGUUCAAUUUACGUCACAAAUCUAAGAAAAUUUCCGUAUUCACAUCAAGUGACAAAAAUAUUUUCCAAUGGGAUAUCAAACUGCCAAUGUUUAGUAAAUUUCGUAAAAAGAAAAAAACCGAACGAACAGAAAAGGAUGUUUCAUUUCUAUAUGCAUUACCGGGAAAAGCUUCUGGAUAUAUUUCUAUUUGUGCCGUUUCUUCUGAUGGCAAACGAAUUGCUGGAUUUGAGACAACUCGUAAUGAAAUCUAUCUUUGGAAUCGUAAAAUUUCACAAACAAUCCAUUGUUUUCAUACACUUUCAUCUAUUGUUACUUUAUGCUUUUCUAUGAAAGAACAAUGUCUAUUUGCAUUGAAUUCUAGAAAUGAAAUUACACUUUGGGAUGUAGAACAGGGCAUACCAAUUACAUCGGUUGUCGAAUUGAAAGAUGAUUUUGCUGCUAUUUUUAAUCACGAUGAAUCAAUUCUUAGUGUAUUAACUAUCGACAAGAAAGGAUUUUUGCGCCUAUUUCAUGAUAAAAUUAGUGAAGAAGAUAAAGAAUUCAAAGAGAAGCUAAAGCAAAUGUUACAUUCUGUUGAAAAUGACAAUGACAAUAAUGAUUUUCAUUUACCUCAGCCAGCAACGAAUAUUUUAUGUUGUGAUAUAUCGAAGAGAAAUCGAUCAAUAUUUGGUACAAAUUGUGGACGAAUUUUCUAUUAUGAUCAUCAUCAAGGACAAUUGCUUUCAUCUCGCCAUGAUUCGGAAGAAAUUUUGGAAUGCCGAUUUUUACCGGAAACCAAUAAUGAUAAUACUAUAAGAUUGGUGGCUAUGUCAAAAAAAUCAAGCAAUCUAUAUCGAAUCGACAAUGAAAUCGGUCAAAUGAUUAAUUAUUAUACAUAUAAUAAUCAAAAAAUUUUAUCGGAAAAUUAUUCCUUUGAAUCAAUUCAUUUCAUAUCAUCAAAAUUGAUGAUAUUUUUGACUACUGAUUCGGAUUUUAUUAUUUUUGAUUUAGAUUCAUUGGAAGAAUUAUACUGCCUUAAAUUUAGGUCUAAAAUAACAGAUAUCGAUUCAUGUUUAUUAGAUGGUGAUUAUUUAAUCGCCAUUACAUUUGCUGAACAUCGUUUACUACUAUUACAUUUGACUGAUUCCUCAUUAGACCCAAGAUCAUCGGUAACGCUCAAAAAUGAAAUACCUCGAUGUUGUCGAAUUUGUACAAGAUUUAUUGUCUAUGGCAGUGAUAAUGGUAAUAUCUAUCUUUUUGAUUCUCAACAAUUUCAACCAUUAGAAGAAAGUCCAUUGGAUAUGAAUAUUGAUCCAAAAUGGAAAGUUCAACACUCACAAGACUCAUGGAUUAAACAUUUAGCUAUUACACCUGAUCAACAAUUCAUCAUUUCAGCUGCUGAUUCAAUCAAACUUUGGCUUUCAAUCGAUGGCACACUAUUACAAACAUUUAUUACACAUGGAGAGGUUUCACGUUUAUUCGUUCAUCAUGCUAAUAAUUCAAAUAUGACAAAUUCGGGAUUUUUUUCACCACAAAGUCAUAAUGGCUACAAUUUUGAUGAUCAUGAUGAUGAUGAUGAUGAUAAUUCAAAUGAAUUUCAACUAUCCGAUAAUGAUAAUGAUAUUUGUCGUGAAACAUUUACACCAUUAUAUAAGGAAUCUUCUUUAGACAUUACUAUUGUUGCUAUUACUGAUACAAAAUCUUUAUAUAUUCUACAAAAUUAUCGCCUUAAUAAUUGUGACAACAUUUAGUUUACGAAACAAACAAACAAACAAAAAUUUAUCACUCAUCAAUUUACGAACAUUUUUUUCUUUCACUUUCAU